CACCACAUGUUCAGAAAAAUAUCUGUACGUAUCUGCUUUGUGCUCGUAGACGAAAGUAGUAAACAAGUCAUCAUUCUGAGAAACCAAAGUAGUAAACAUAGAUAUAGACUUGGAUUUGAACUCUACUACAAUGAAACACUAAUUGAUCAUACUGUGUGUGAGAUCAGAAGCUACGAUUGAUUUCCAAGGAGGAGGGGAGGCCGAUCAAUAUUUAUGUGAGUCACAGAGGCGAUGACCGUAACGUUUAUGAAUUCACUGAUAAGAUUUGUGCUGCUUUCGAAGCUGCAGGUUUGACAACUUUUGAGCAAGAUCAGGAUCUCGAAACUGAGGACUCACUUCCAGAUUAUCUUCUGAAACCGAUUCAUGAAUCAUGGGUCUCUCUAUUUGUCUUCUCCAAAACCCAUUCUACUUCAAAACAGCACUUCAUGGAACUCAAAGAAAUUGCUUGGCGAAUUCAUAGGCCACGCGGUGUUAUACUGAUCUUCUACGAUCUCGAUGGAACCCAGGCAAGGGAGGUUCUGGAUGAAAUCUAUGACAAUGUCGCCAGUCAAUUCAACAACUUCACAAGUGGAACACCUGAUGAUCUUUUUGAGAUGUUUUGUAUGAUGAUCCAACCAAGACGAAUUUCAAAAGCCAUCAAUGAAAUUGUUAGCAAGGUCAUGAUAGCACUGCGUCAACUAGAAUAUGUUGUUGAGCUAAUUGGGAUGCAAUCUCAUGUGUCUGAAGUCGAAAAGCUUUUGAAUUUGGAUUCAAAUGAUGAAGUUCAAGUGGUAGGAAUUUGUGGAAUGGGUGGAGUAGGGAAGUCAACUCUUGCUCAAGUUUUGUACAGAUCAAUCUCUCGACAUUUUGAUGCAUUUUGUUUCAUAGAGAAUAUAAGCCAACUUUUGCGUGAUGAUCUAUCUUUAAUGAAAAUUCUUUAUCAAAACUUGGAGAUCAAACCAACGUAGAUUUCUCAUUGUUCUUGAUGGUGUUGAUAAUGUAUUGGAAAAUCUCGAUGCAUUUAAUGUUGUUCUGGAAUCUGAAUGGUUUGAUCAAGGAAGUAGAAUCAUCAUUACAACUAGAGAUGAACGAGUCCUUGAAAUGUGUAAAGUGGAAGAAGUUUACAGACCUAAAUUAUUGAAUAUGGAAGAAGCCCUUCAACUCUUUUGUAUAAAAGCUUUUGGACGUGAUCAUCCAGAGAGUGGAUAUGAAGAAUUGACGAAUAAUAUACUUGAAUAUGCUAAUGGCCUUCCAUUAGCAAUUAUAAAAUUGGGCUUACUCUUGAGUCGAAAAAGUGUCAAAGAAUGGAAAAGUGCCUUGGUUCAACUACAAAGAAUUCCGAAUCGACAAAUAAUGGACGUACUUGAAAAAAGUUAUGACGAACUUGAUGACAAGAGCAAGGAAAUAUUUUUGGACAUCACAUGUUUCUUUAUUGGGAAAAAGAUGGAUCGUGUGAAGGAAAUUUUAGAUAGUUGUGGCUUUCCAGCAGAUAAUGGAAUGAAACUUUUGAUUGAAAAAUCACUCAUGACCAUUCUAGAUCACAAAGUAGGGAUGCAUAAUAUGUUGCGAGAAAUGGGACGACAAAUUGUUCGAAGAGCUUUCCCUUAUGAGCCGAGAAAAUGGAAUAGGUUGUGGCAUUUAGAUGAUAUUGAUUAUGUUAUGCAACAAAAUGAAAGCACGGCUAUGGAAAGAUUUGAAGCUAUAUCCCUUGAUUUGGAAGACUCUAGAAGGGCUACGUUGAGAAUUGAAGCCUUGUCACGCAUGAGAAAUCUUAGAUUGCUCAUAUUUCGUAAUGUGAACUGUUAUGGAACACUCAAUUCUCUUUCUAAUAAGCUACGAUAUGUUUCAUGGCAUCAAUAUCCUUUCACUAGUUUGCCAUCAAGUUUUGAGCCUCAUGCACUAGUUGAAUUGAUUAUGCCUGAUAGUAACAUCAAAGAAUUAUGGGAAGGUGAAAGGUGCUUCCUAAGUUGAAAAUUUUGAGUCUUAUUGGCUCCAAAAAUUUGACUAAGAUGCCACAUUUUGGAGGGGUUCGAAAUCUUGAAAGAUUAGACCUUGAAGGAUGUAUUAGAUUGUUGCAACUCCAUCCAUCGAUUGCUAGAAUUCCAAAGCUCAAAUUUUUAAAUUUGAGAAGCCGCAUUAAUCUUGUCAGUAUUCCAAAUAACUUAUUUGGUCAAUGCUCUUUGGAAAUCCUAAAUCUUGCUGGCUGUUCAAAGUUUGCUGAUUGUUUGAGAUUUUAUCCUUUGAAGAGCUCCAUAGAAUUGAAACUUCUCAGCAUUUGGUAUCAUCAAUUCUUAGAGAGAAUGUUAUACUUUAUUUUAUUUGUUUUGCCAGGACAUAAGAA